AUGAGUACUGUGGAAGCUGCAGCUUCGCUAUUUGGUUCAGAUGGCGAUUCUGGGCCGGAUCCGUUUGCGGUUAUUGGCAAUGAGGAGACUGACACGACACCACCUGCCGGGUUGACGGUACAUGAGCAUGGACAGCAUGAUUCUGCUUCUUAUUCAUCUGACAUGGGCCAGGACGCUUCCAGCUUGUUCGCUGAAGAAAUUCCCCAGGGCGUUCAGCCUUUUGAACAAGAUCCUUGGUCAGUUGCUGUGGACCACGAUGUCAGUGUUCCCGUAGACCAGGUUCCUGACAACUCGCAAUACUCUGCUACCGGUUACGAACAGUCUCAAGAGCGGUCCUCUCCGUCUGGUUACUCCACAACUCAACCGCAGGCCUCAUAUGUCCAACAACCAGUACAAGGAAGUCAUAGUGCCAGCGGUGCAGCGAGUGCUUAUCACCAGUACACACCAGAAUCAACUGCCAAUUCCUCACAAUACGGCGGGAGUCAAUAUCUGAGCCAACCAUAUGCGCCGGUACAUGGCAGCUACGAUCAUUACAAGCUCACCGCUAAUACCGCACCAACUCGCGCAUCGCAACCACCUGCUGCACCCGCCGACUCUCAAACAGCAUACGAGCCCUAUAACCCUAUGACACGUUCGGUUUCUCAACCUUAUUCGUCGUCUGCGUACGCUGCACCUCCUAAACCAGCUUCUCCUAGCAUCCCUCCCCCUCCUGCACAGGUUCCUCCCGCGAUGUCGGCUGCAUCUUAUCGUCCACAGAAGUCGAAUGCGUAUGACCCCCCUCUUCCUCCUCCGAAGGUGUCAAAGCGUGCUGUGAGCGCACGCGCACCGGCCUUGGGACAGUAUCCAUCGUAUGGCCAGCCCUCGCCAGUCCCCCCUGUACCCGCUGUACCCGCUGCUCUCCCUCCCCCCUCUGACAGUACUCGGUACGGCAGCCUCUCCGGUAACGUGACACAACCUCCAAUUUCCCAUGCACCUCCGCGAGCGCAAGUGACACGUCAGCUUACAGGCGCCUUGGGUGUUACCUCGCCACCCGAGUUUUCACAACAGCUCCCUCAACCGUCUGCUGAUCAUUACGCGCAACGUGGGAUAUCACACACGGACGCUCACACAUCCCCAUUGGUUGCCCCUCCUCCACACAGGAAUUCCCCGACACUUCCACAAAACUCUUAUACACAGGAAUUACUUGAUGAAGCACCUACUCCUAAACAAGGUUCAUCCAGCUCAUUUACGGAGUGUAUGCCAGUUGCAUCCCCUUCCACUGAGACAUAUCCGCUGCCAAGUCAUGACCUGCACUUAGAGAGUCGUGCUUACACAUCUGAUGAUAUGCCCUGGGACGACCCGGAAAGUCUGCAGACUGAGGCUAUUGAGACGACAUCAUCUUCUCUCCAUGCCGUUCAAGAUCCUUAUACGCCUCCACUUCCUGCAGAGCACGGAGGUUUGGAUGGUUCCACGAAGCCGCAUAGCAGCCCACCUUCUUCCUCACCUAGAGGCAAGGUGCAUCAACACCAAGACACGAUGAUAAUACGAGGCUCAAUGCUACGACGAUCCCCUUCUCAUUCCAGAGAUGGAUCUAACGGUUCAAAUGUAUCAUCCCUGCGUAGUCCGGUAAAGAGGGUUUCCUCUCCUUUACGCAACGCUUUCAAUUCCGGUGAACAGGAUAUGUAUCCUGGUCCUCCCCAUCCGGCUUCUGCAUAUGAGCCAUCACAAUAUACCGCGCCCAACAGAGCGACAUCUCCUAGUUCGGUUCGCUCGUUCGCAAGCCAUGCAGGAUCUGUCAAGAGUGCCUACAGCUCGACAGCUCCAACUGCAGUGAGCAGUUACGAGCCCAGAUUGCAUGCCACGUAUGAGAGGACUUCAUCCCCCGUCUUCCAUCAUUCGCGUCAGACCUCUCCGGCCCCUGAUCCAUAUGCGCUUACCAAGAAUGUUGUGGCUCUGGUUCAGUCCGAAAAUCGUGAUCGUUCGGGUUCUAAUGGAUCCUUGCAUUCCACGGCCUCCAUGUCUAUGGGAAUCCCCUCUCAGCGCGAAGUUAACGGGUUUGUUUCUAAGCCUCGUCCUGGUGAACCAAGCUCGUACGGCGCAGUGUCUGCGUAUAGUCAGGAGCUUCUCAUUUCACCUGCGGUUCGCCCUCCAUAUGCACCCUCCCCUUCUCUCUUAGGCUCAAACGAUCCUUUGGGUCGGACAUCUACGCGAGCUCCAGUGAUCAGUUUUGGUUUUGGUGGCAAGAUGAUUACGUGUUUCCACAGCUCCCCUGACCUUAUCACUGGAUAUGACGUUGCGUUGUCGUCUCGUCAUUCGACAGAUGUGCGUGUACGCGUGUUGCACAAACUUCUCCCCGAAUUUGCGCUUGAACCUUCUGCCGCUACUUAUCCUGGUCCUUUGUUUUCUGACCCUGGUACACCUGUCAGUAUCGUGCGCACUGGGGCGUCAUCUCAGGUGAAAACGAAGAAGGCACGCGUCGUCAAGUAUCUGGAGGAUCGGAUUGGAGAAAUUUCACGUGGGACAACGUAUAUGUCAGACGGAACCGAGAAACAGCGUACUGAGGGAAAGUUGGUUCUGGUCAAGCUGCUCAAGAUCAUGGUUGAGAAUGAUGGUGCACUGUCGGGAAGUACUCACAUUGACUCAGCUGUAAGAACGGCACUGCUUCCUCGCAUUGCCGCAUCUGAGGGUGGUGAGAUCUCGACGCCGGGUUUUGCUUCUUGUAUGCCCAAUACCCUUGGUACGAUUCCUGGCUCCAACGGUGGUCACCCUGGCACGAGUGAGACACCCAUCUCAGUUUCUGUGGUCCUUCCAUCCGCAUUAGACAAGAUACAGGAAUUCCUUGUGAGAGGUGAAAGGAGACAAGCUUAUCACUAUGCGCUGGAUGAGAAACUGUGGGCACACGCGAUGGUCAUCGCAAGCAGCAUCGACAAGGAGGCUUGGAAGGAUGUUGUCAAUGAAUUCCUCAAGGGAGAGUUAGGCGUUCAUGAUGCACAGCGGACGGUCUUUGUUGGACGAGGAAAAGAACCAGUUCCUCCUCCCAGUAACGGAAGGGAAUGGCUUCGUGUAGUCUACAGUCUAUUCUCUGGUCAGGGACCAACUGCUGUCCAGGAACUGAUUCCCACCAAUCUACUCGCGAGAACGACGGCUACAUUGCAAGUCCCUACACCGGCUGUUGUGCACACCACGCCAAUGUCGCCUAGUUUUCCUUCACCAGCGAUGGCAGCACAGAUCCCUGCCAAUGCUUUGUUGAAGUGGCCAGAGCUUGUGGCAUCAAUGAUCUCCAGUCCUCUGUCUCCUGAGUGGUCGGCAACCCUGACAGCACUGGGUGACUACCUUGUAUCGCAUCAACAGAUCGAAGCUGCGCAUGUAUGUUACUUGCUCUCUCCUCAGACUUCCCCAAUAGGGGGCAUUGGGAGUCCAUCGGGUCGAAUUGUCCUUAUUGGCUCGAGGAAUCCACACGCGUGGCUCUCAUUCUAUAAAGACACUGACCCCAUCAUUCUGUCCGAAAUCGCCGAGUUCGCCUUCUCGCUGAAGAGCGUCACGAAGGGACAAGAACCAUUCCACGGUCUGCCGCAUUUACAGGCAUACAAGCUUAUCAGGGCCUCGUACCUCGCAGAGAUCGGCGAGAUACAGGCAGCUAGUAGAUAUUGCGAGGCAAUUACCGCUGCAAUGACACAUCCAUCACACUAUCUCAAUUCCGUCCUUAUCGAGCAGUUGAAAGGCUUAACGGAUCGCUUGAUCGGUACUCCACAAAUGGCAAAGAGCGGAUCUUGGAUAGGUGGGAAGGUGAACAAACCUAGUCUUGACAGUAUCGGUAGUUGGCUUGAGGGACGCUUGACAAAGUUCAUCGCUGGAGAAGGGGACGAACCCCCGCCUCCGCCAGUACCGUCUAAGAGUCAGGUGUCAUCUCUAGGACCUUUCUCUCACUUUAGCGAGAUUUCAUCAGCGACAACCUCUGCCAGUCCGUCGCCUCCCCCGGGGGUGAUGAACCAGUAUUCGAUGUCAGGUGUACCGCCUCCCCGCAGACCCGGUUCCGCAAUGGCAGUUUCCACUUCUCAUUCUCAUGUGCCUAUUGAUCGUGCCUCAUCUGCCAUGGACUAUUACACACGGAAGUCGUCGUCGCCAGCUCCUCCCUUGACUGCGCCUUUGCACCCACCACGAUCAGCAUACCCUUACUCCGCACAUGGCUCAGGUAUGAAUGGGCAUCCGAUGACAAAUGGCUAUGCCCCUGCCUAUGGAGAACCGUUGUCACGAAAACCCUCGUUGGAGAUGACUGCCGAGGAGGGCCCCGAGCAACAACAGCAGGAGGCAGGAUGGUGGUCUGCCCUCAACAAUUCGGACUCUGGCCCCACACCGACCACGGCCACUUUUCACUCAGUCGAUCAUUUCCGGGCUUCGUCUGAUGGUUUCAUCUCCUUGAUGGACGACCCCGGGUUGGCUGCGGCUCCCAGCACAUCCAUGUCGAAUCGCCAGCCGCAACCAAGCUUAGAGGAUGGGGACGAUGACGAGGAUUUGGGCUUUGGCAACAACGCCAACAGACGUGAACGUCGUCAGGAAGCAACUGAAUCUGGAAGCAGUGAAAAACUUGCCACGCCUGCAGAGGACAUCAAGAAAACGGAGGAAACGAAAGCCAACAAUCCGCCAGCGACGGCUUCAGCGGCACCAAGCUCUUGGCUGGGUCGGUUCUGGAGGCGUUCUGAAACAGCCCCUGGUCCUAUCAAGGCCAGUCUUGGGCAAGAGUCGGCUUUCUAUUACGACAAAGACCUCAAGCGUUGGGUAAACAAGAAGGCUGGUGCUGAAACCACACAGCCAGCUGCACCACCCCCACCUCCUUCAAGAGCACAGACAGCCUCACCAGCGCGAGCAAGUGCUCCACUUCCUCAUGCCAACGGUGCAAGUUCAGCACCUCAGCCAGCCCGAUCUGCUUCGGCUAUUGAUUUGAGCACAUCUCCUACUGCUAAGCCACCCAUGCGGGUGCGUUCGAAUCUUGCUCCCGCUGAAGCAACAUCUCUCCCCAAUACACCAGCGCCAUCGACUCCCACGACACCUCUUCCACCACCUAGUCGCCCACGCUCGCAAGCCACCAAACGCAAUGUACGAAACCGCUAUGUUGAUGUUUUCCAACAGCAAGAGAAUGCUUCGUAG